CGCGGGUGGUGUCAGUCAUCGCGCGGCGCUUCCGGGUGUUGUGGCGGCCCCGGCGCGGCGGGCGCAGCAUGAGGCGGGUGACGCUGUUCGUGAACGGCAGCGCCCGCAACGGCAAGGUGGUGGCUGUGUAUGGGACCCUCUCAGAUUUGCUCUCUGUGGCCAGUAACAAGCUUGGAAUCAAAGCCACCAGUGUUUACAAUGGCAAAGGGGGACUCAUUGAUGACAUUGCUUUGAUCAGGGAUGAUGAUGUUUUGUUUGUCUGUGAAGGGGAGCCCUUCAUUGAUCCUCAGACUGAUGGGAGAGCUCAGGAGGAGCUGACAGGGUCCCACACAGACUGGCUGACACUCAAUGUGGGAGGCAGAUACUUCACCACUACAAGGAGCACUCUGGUUAACAAAGAACCUGACAGCAUGUUGGCCCACAUGUUUAAAGAUAAAGAUGCUUGGGGGAACAAGCAGGAUCAUAGAGGAGCAUUCCUAAUUGACCGCAGUCCCGAGUAUUUUGAGCCCAUUUUGAACUAUUUACGUCACGGACAGCUCAUUGUAAAUGAUGGCAUUAAUUUGCUAGGUGUCCUGGAGGAAGCCAGGUUUUUUGGUAUCGAUUCCCUAAUCGAACACCUCGAAAUAGCCAUUAAGAAUUCCCAGCCAGCUGAGGAUCACUCUCCCAUCUCUCGGAAGGAGUUUGUCCGGUUCCUGCUGGCAACCCCCACCAAGUCCGAGCUGCGCUGUCAGGGCCUGAAUUUCAGUGGAGCGGAUCUUUCCCGCCUGGAUCUUCGCUACAUCAACUUCAAGAUGGCCAAUCUGAGCCGCUGCAACCUGGCCCAUGCCAACCUGUGCUGUGCCAACCUGGAGAGGGCUGACCUGUCAGGCUCUGUGCUGGAUUGUGCCAACCUCCAAGGGGUGAAGAUGCUGUGCUCCAACGCAGAGGGAGCGUCCCUGAAAGGCUGCAACUUUGAGGACCCAUCAGGCCUUAAAGCUAAUCUGGAAGGUGCCAACCUGAAAGGAGUGGACAUGGAGGGCAGUCAGAUGACAGGGAUUAACCUCCGAGUCGCGACGCUGAAAAACGCCAAACUAAAGAACUGUAACCUCAGGGGAGCAACGUUGGCAGGAACUGAUUUGGAAAAUUGUGACCUAUCAGGUUGUGACCUCCAGGAAGCCAAUUUGAGGGGCUCUAACGUGAAAGGAGCCAUCUUUGAAGAGAUGCUGACCCCCCUGCACAUGUCCCAGAGCGUCAGAUAGGGAAGAGAACACGUCAAAGAAGAAGGAAUCCAAACAUCUGUCGUGACUUUCUUCACCUCCUCCCCUUCCUGAGUUAGAAGUAAUGGUUAUUAGACAACUUCCAUUUGCAGUAGUGCCUAAGUAGGCUCUCUUUGAUCACUUUUGGGGAGGGAAUUUUUGUUUCAGAGGUGGAAACAGAGAGUUUCUCCCUUUGUGAAGAGAGUGAGGAAGUGGGCUGGUUCUCAAGCCAGAAAGUGGGGCUGGUUUGGGGGGGAGGGUUCAAGACUUUCAUUGUUUUAGCAUUGCCUCACUUUGGAAUGCAUUUUAAUUUAUAAAGCACAAUAUAUGCAAUUCUAUUUAUUAAAUCUGUAGCUGCAAUAUGAAUAGAAAAUGUUAUUCCUGUAUAGUAGCAAACAAAGUUCAGGUUUACAGGUAGACAAGUGUAUUUACAGUCAGUGUCUUCAUUCCUGCAGGGUGUUAAUGCCAGGGGUGGUCACACAGUGCCCACAGGUCUCUGCUGGGGUGGAAACAGUGGGGAACUGUCCUCUAAAUUGCUGUGGAGUGGUUGGAGUGCAGGGUUAGAGCAGCUUUAUCCCCUCAAAUGUGCAGGGGAAGCUGCUGCCCCUGCAGGGACCUGCCCACAGCCUGGAUUGAGUUACCCCUGGGAGAUCCCUGGGCAGAAAUGGGAUGUCUCAGUUAAUCCUCUCCAAAUGAGUGUGGAAUUGCACUAUCAAUCCCAGCUGGGAUGAAAAACUCCCCUGCUUCCACAUGUCCUGGCCACUCCAGACUGGAGUUCCUGUAGCUUUUUCCUUCUUUGUUGGGAAUUCAACGUACAGAGGCAAACACAGAAGUGUCCCCAAAGCAGAGAGAAGCUCUGGGGCCACAGCACCUGCUCUCCCCUCCUCUCAUCCCUUCAGGAGAUGAAGAAAUGGCCCUGUUUCCCCUCAAUGUACUAUGCAAAUCCUCCUGGAAAGCAUGGGCAUAAUCCCAUUUCCCAGCCAGAUCCACUCUGGGCUGCUUAAAGUGGCUGUAAAAGCAUCUUGCCUGGGGCCAAGUGCCCCUUCCACACUUCCUUUACCUGUGGAAAAAAGCAGGGAAAACUGUUUUUUGUGUGAGCCUCCCUUCCUGUGGGGCUGCCCCUCAGCAAAAGAGCUGCAGGAUCUGGGGAGUUUUCUCAACUAACAUUUCUUUUUAGACACAAUCAAAAAGCACACGAAGAAACUAUACCAAAAAAAAUAGAAAAAAGGUGCAGCAAGAACUUACCUCAGAUGCUUAAACCACCCCAAAGGUCAAACUCACCUUGAAUCCUAAGGAAAUACAGCUGUUACAGUACAAAUACACAGGAAGAACCAGUGGAUCCCAAAACUUGGAGAGUGGUUGGAGUGUCCCAGGGGUUGGAGUUCCACAGUUCCUCAGUGGGUUGUGUCUCACUUUGCAGUGCAAUUUCCUGUCCUCCAGGCUUCUUGUCUCAGUUUGUUUGUUCCAAAAAUGCUGCUUUGCCACCAAUCUGGGGAGAUCAGUGAUUAUUCUGGAUCAGGAUAUGAUUGGUUUGGGAGGGGGGGAAUUGCAGGAUUCUCCCUUAUUUUCAAGUUGGCUCGACUCAGGAGUGUGACAUGAACAUCCAGGACUCAAAAUCCCGGGCUCAUGUGGUUCAGAACUGGGAUUAUUUCCUCCAGAUCCCUCUGGAUCAGGCUCUAGGACACCACCAGAUCCUUGGUGAAGUGACCUAUAGAUUGAAGGGAAAUAUUCCAGUGUGAUUUUGGAGUCCUUUCUCCCACCUCAAGGCUUUCAGUGGGGAGUGAUGUGUGUGUUGCAGUAGAAGAAGAUUCCUAGGGCUAGAGAAAUAAAUGAAUUAUUUUUCUUUAUCAUAUUUUGUAGCUGGCAGAAGUAAAAUAUUGUAUGGGGGGGGAAAAAUACUCUAUUUUCAUAAUCACUGUGUAUAAAAAUCUAUUUGAACUUUCACUGGAGCACUGUUAAAUAAUCACAGCACGUGGCAUCAUCAUUCACAGCUGAAUUUAAGGUACCUCUUUUGCUAUCACAGAGCUGGAUGAGGAGCCCAAAGUGGCCUGUGCAGAAAUUCCAGCCUAAUUUAAGUUGCAUUAAUAAAAGUGUGAAAGAGAAAAA